UUUUUAAUGGUCUUUUCCUUUGAUCCACCGAGUGUCUGGCAGCACCGUGCCGCCUGGUUGCGAGGUUUUCUGGUGAGGAGGAGGAGUAGGAUCUCGUCAUCGUUGUAGUGGAAGUCCAGCGCAUUUCUGUCGUAAGGACGCUCUCAUACUCUCUCUGUGUGGCACCCAAUUUCGUGGACCUUUCUUUCCAUUGCCUCAUCCUGCUCCACUCUAGCUUGUACACGCAAGCAAGCGCAUCGGGUGAAGCAGCACGCAGGCACGCGGGCAGGGCUUGAACACAACACAGCACGUCACUGGAGUGAGUAGACUAGUAGAAUUGCAGAAAGGAGCAUCGUUCCCGAGAGCGAGGGUGAAGCCGAGAGUUGGGCUUCUCUAUCCAACUCGUGUAGUGCCAGCCAGCAUCGCUGCUUUGCCGCUUGUCACCUUCCCGACCCCGCUGCUGCUCUUGGAUGCUGUUUCGUCGCUGCGUAGACGGAGAGGUGGGGGUGCAAUUGGAGACAUGUCGAUGUGAUAUAGUGUGUAGAAGGAUCGCGGGGACGUGGGGUGGAUGUUUGAUGUGUUCGCGACUUCGGGGUUACGGGAGCCCAGUGAAUCCGGAGCGUGGUACAUGCACAGAGGGUGUGCAGCUGGAGUGUGGCGGGCAGGAUUCGCGCAGGCGAGAGCAGACGAGGCGUUGGCACCUAGAGUAACGUGCGUGAGGGAGCGUGGUGCGGCGGACUGGUGGUGUUCGAGAGGGAAGUUUUUGUGGUAAGAGAGAGCAGGAGCACUGGCAGGCCCAGACGCCCGCAGCCGGGCCCGAAACCGUGCUGCCCGAAGGGUAGCAGCGUCGGAGGGCGAGAAGCCGGGUGUUUGGGCGGAGGACGGAGGCAUGGCGUCGCGGGCGCUGAGUCCGCGAACGCAAGGUCGGGGUGGAGGAGCAGGAGCAGGAGCAGGAGCAGGGGGAGGGGCGUCGAACGGGGCGAGUGCGUCGAGCGCGAGCAAUGGACUGGCGGGGUCGAGCCUGGCGGGUUUGGGAAGCCGGUUCAAUUCACUGGCGCGGCAAUCGUCGAUAUACUCGCUGACGCUGGAUGAGUUCCAGAAUGCGCUGUCGGAGCCGGGGAAGAACUUCGGGUCCAUGAACAUGGACGAAUUUUUGAAGAACAUAUGGACGGCAGAAGAGAGUCAGGCGAUGGCGGCGGCGAUGGGAUGCAUGGGAGGGGGGAUGACGGGCGGGGGACUGGCGAUGGGGCUGGGCGGGGCGAUGGGGGGCGGGAUGACGGUGAACAUGGGGCUGGCGCCGAAUUCUCCACCGAGUCCGGAUUCGGAUGGGGGUCGGAGCGGUCUGUCUCUGUCGCCGAUGCACUACGGGCUGGACGGGUCGGUGAGGGGGAGGAAGAGAGGACCGGAUGGGCCAGUGGAGAAGGUGGUGGAGAGGCGGCAGCGGCGGAUGAUCAAGAACAGGGAGUCGGCGGCGCGGUCGCGGGCUCGGAAGCAGGCUUACACGGUGGAGCUGGAGGCGGAAGUGAGCCAACUGAAGGAGGAAAACAUGCGGCUGAGGAAGCAGCAGGUAUCCACCAGAAAAUCUGAGGAAGAGGCAGAGCGGAGGAAAAAGCAGUGUUUGCAGAUAAUGGAUAUAUUGAAGUCCGCGACGACAGUGGGUGGAGCGAAGAAGUCGAGCACGUUGCGGAGGACGAAGACGGCAACGUGGUAGUGGGGAGCGGGAGCGUAAGAGCCGCCGGGUGGGCGGUGGGAAAUGUGAGAAAGGCGAGCAGGAUCCGAACGGUGUGGGAAGUCGAUGCAUGUUCCAGGAGUGGGAACUGAGCAACAGCAGUUGAGGCUGGCUGGCGGCUGUAGACACAUGGGUGGGAUCUUGCAGCGGGUUGUCCCGGAGUCCGUGGAGCGGGUUCCAGGGAAGGCUGUCGGAGACGUGGAAGGAUGGUUUGGAGAGAGCGGGGGGAUGAUGGACGUGGUGGGAGGAGGUGGGAGUGGCAGCAUUGAAGAGGAGAGAGGUGGGAGUGGCAGCAUUGAAGAGGAGAGAUGUGAAUAGCGGUUUGAGGGGAGAAGGAAGCGCGGGAGGAGUGGGAGGUUCCCAGGCGGUGGGUAGAAGCAGCGGCCAGCGCGGCGAGAAGGGGCGGUGGGAGCGAAGUAAGUGCGAGUGGAGAUGUAUAGCACAGUGGUUUGCUGUGGAGAGAGCAGCAUUGUCUGUUUUGGGGCCUCACCUGUACACAUAUGAGCGCAGCGUUUUGCGUGAGGUAUCCAUUACAGUGUAGAGUUGGUCGGGGUUAAGGUCAGAGAUAGAGGUAGUGAAAUGGAGGAGUUCCAAGGCCAUCAAGGAUGGUCUGUUGAGUUAUUAGAGUGGGCACACUGAGGUGGAGGGCUUUGGGGAGGUUGUGCGGUAUAUCCGAGGGUAAGAGGGAUCGAUUUUUUGCACAUGUGUGUACGAAAGCAUGACCGACUGAAGCGAAGUUCAGACAAGCAAUCUCCGUUCC